UAUAUCAACAACAUCAUAGUCUUCAGCAACACUUUGGACAAGCAUCUCAAGUAUUUGGAAACAGUGCGUAAGAUCCUACAAGACAACCGGAUUCACACUACCGCCGAAGGAAUUGCAAAAACCAACAACUGCAUCAAGGCUUUCCAGAAGAUAAAGAUGCCGGAAACCCUCUCGGAUCUGGAAACGUACCUCGGAAUG